UUCCCCGGUUCGGAAGUGGCUCGCAUACGUGUGACGUCACUUCCGCUUGGAGAUUUUAUUUUCUUUCUUAUGUGUGCAUGUUUUCCUUCACAGCUUUACUAAUAUCUUUGCUCUGAUAUUGAAGUUAACACCCCUGUAACCACUGAGGAGAGUGAAGUUGACCCCUUACUGGUGAGCUUCUAACCACCCUGCUGUGCUACGUUGUAAAUAAUUCGUUGGUUGGUGCACUGACAAGUAACCAAACAGACCAUCAGCAGCAUCAUGUCAGCAGAAGUGGACCUGUCCCCUCCAGAGGUCCCUGAAGCCACCUUUCUAGAGAGCCUCCUGCGCUAUGGACUGUUUCUGGGCGCCAUCUUCCAGCUCAUCUGCAUCCUCGCUGUCAUCUUCCCCACAUCCAAGGGACACGAACAGGAAGAGACUGAGUCCACUGAUGGCAAGGCCACCGAACAGCUGAAGAAACCUAAAGGACUGACCCCGCAGCUUCGGCAAAAACUAAAGAAAGAGAGCAAGAAGAAGCGAUAGAUAGUGCUGCAUGUGUGAAUGCGUCGGUUUGAAGACAUCAGUCAAUCAACAUUAAACGGUUACAAUUAUCACUACAGGAUAUGAAACACUAAUGCUAUAUUGCAUGAGACACCUUGACCUUUAUAUUGACAUCAGUAUUAAAAAGAGCAAAUAGUCAUGUUGAGUUUAUGCAGCUUCAUAUUUCAUUGCCUAUUUGUUUUGCAAUUGUAUUUUACAAUAUAUCAUUGAUUGAAAUGUAUUUGGAUUUCAACAGAAAAAAUAAAUCCACUCUGGUCAUUCA